AAUCAUCCAAAGAGUUUCAUCAGCGGAUUUUACGCGCAUCGAACGUUCCGCGAAUUUGAUUCAUUUAGUUGAUUGCCUUGUUUAAAUUGGUUUUAUCAGUACGAUUAGUUUGCUGUAUCGCUUUGAUAAGCGACAUUGUGUAAUGCAUCGUGUAGCAAAUCACACAAUGCUUUGUAGCUUCUAGAACUUUGGUCCUUUUUCGCGUGCAGUUUUAUUUUAAGCUCGUAGCAAUUAAUUUGUCAUCCUAGUCCAAAGAGCGCAACACGUCUUAAAAAAUGCCGAUCAACACACGCGAACUCAUGGACGCCGUAGCGACCUUAACCGAUAAGGAGAACAUGCGUGUAACUAUGAAGGGUAGCGCCAAGGGAGCGGCCAUCUGCGGGGCGGCCUGCUUUGCCGGUGGACUUGUGGCCGGUCCGGUGGGUCUGGCGGUGGGCGGUACCAUCGGGGCGAUCAGCGCCGGCUACAUGAGCCGCGGAAAGUUCCGCGCGGUGGGCGAAAUCAUCCGGCACGACAUGACGGAACGGGAGCGGGAAAAGCUCAAGGACCACCUCGUGGCUGCCCUGUCCGAGUUCCACCCGACCGAUAUGGCCGUUCUGUUGCCGCUGUUGAUGGGCAGUGCGGCGGCGCAACGGGCCGUGCUCAGUACCGUGGUGUCCUUCGUGACGAACGAGAUGCGCUUGCAGAUCAUUGACUGAUGAAGGAAUGUCGAUGUACGUUUAGACUAUGUUGUGAGGUGCAGGUUCGCUAUGACAAAUGUGGUACUUUUGUGUUUAGAUCAGGUGCUCGUGUAGUUAACUCAAUAAGUGCCUCAAAUACAUCCGAUGUAGCAUGGCAUGAGAUCCUUUAAUUGGCCUAUUAAGAAACUAAACGGUAAACAUGAUAAUUGAAGAAUUGGGAUCAAGACAACCAAAAUUUUAUAUUGAAAUAGGUUUUUUUAUGAAAAUAUAUAAAUAAGAUUAAUUAA